CCUGGAGGAGGGGCCCUUUACGUCACGUCGAAGCGCACGAGCCUCGCACCGCAAACAGCAGCAGCUGGUGCAGCCGAGGAGGACGUUACUUUGUUACCAGGAGCUACCGGAGAGAGAGAGAGACAGAAAAAGCCUCUCGGAAGAAAAGUGUAAACAGUUUGGGGGUAAAACGGCGCAACCAGACGCCUGUUGCCGGGAUUUAGCUGGUGGGCUGCUGGCUGCUUGUUUCUAUCAACUUACCAGCGGAUUUGAAGGCUGUGUUUUCACCCAGAAACAGAGGUUAUUUUCUGUGAAAGUUGAAGCCGAAGAGGAGUUGUGUGGUUCAGGAUGUCGGACUGAGACAAAGGGGUCUGGGUCUGGGGGGCAUUCCCGUCUAAAGCGCAGGUAAAACUUGAUCCUUGAAGUCCCCUCUGGAUGGGAAAGAUGGAGAGGGAGUUGCAAUGGUGGAAAGGACAGCUAGCUGCAGAUAUCCAUCAGUCGCUCCGCAUCAAGGAGCUGAAGCUACCGGUCUACCGAGCCCACUCUCCGCAGAUUGGCAUGCGGCGGUACUUUGCAGACUUAUUGGCCAUCCUGAGCAAUCGCUACCAGCUAUGUCCUACAGCACGUCACCUAGCCGUCUACCUGCUGGACUUGUUCAUGGACCACUACGAUGUGGCCGUCAAGCAGCUCUAUGUCAUCGCCCUCUCCUGUCUGCUUCUAGCUAGUAAAUUUGAGGAGAAGGAGGACCGGGUUCCCAAACUGGAGCAGCUCAACUCUCUGGGCUUCAUGUGCAGCCUGAACCUGGUUCUCAACAAGAAGGAUCUGAUCAAAAUGGAGCUUCUGCUGCUCGAGACCUUUGGCUGGAAUCUGUGCAUGCCCACACCCGCCCACUUUAUUGACUACUACCUCCAUGCCUCGGUGCAGGAGGGCGACCUAUACAACGGCUGGCCCCUCUCCUCCCUCUCCAAGACCAAGGCGUUCAUGGACAAAUACACUCACUACUUUCUGGAAGUCUCGCUGCAAGAUCACGCCUUCCUGAGUUUCCGACCAUCCCAGGUUGCUGCUGCGUGUGUGGCAGCAUCUCGUAUUUGCCUUCAGAUUUCCCCAAGCUGGACGACUGCUCUGCAUCUGCUAACAGGCUACACCUGGGACCACCUCACCCAGUGCAUUGAGCUCAUGCUGCUUGCUCAUGACAAUGACGUUAAGGAGGCCAACAAGACCAAAUCCACUCCUCCUCACCGGCCCUCCUCUCUGCAGUCUCAGCCCCAGACCUCUCACCUCUCUCCAAUGUCAGCCAUCCAGAGACCAGCCUCUUCCUCCUCCUCCUCCACCUCCUCCACACCACAGCUGCUCUUUCAGCCGGACGGCUUCCCCCACCUUUCCCAGCAUUCCCCGUCCCUGUCCCAGCUGCAGGCGCUAGCCGACUCCCAGGUGUUGGGGCCUGUGGUGAACGUGUCUCAGGACUUCCUUCAGAGCCACAGGAUGGGUCUCCUAACUGGGGCUCCUUCCAUGACUCCUGUGGGUGGAUUCCCCUCCUACCCAAGCCUGACCUCGGGUCUCCAGCCGGGGCCCCGCGCGCUGCCGCUCCAGGGCCCCAUUUCUGUGCAGAUGGCCCUCGCUGCAGAGCCGCGCCACUGUCUGAGCAUGGCCUACAGCGGGGGCUACCUGGGGGCUCAUCACACUUUCACAGCGGGCUGCUUUGACAGGUGACGCCAGGAGACGGAGAGGGAACACAAACCCCUGCGGGAGUGCACCGCUAUGCUUCCGACCCAAUUCCCUACCCCGAAAUAUCCUUUCACAGACCUCCUCUCUCUCUCCGUCAGCUCCGCAACACCUUCAGCUCGUCCAACUCCCCCGUCCCUCACACAGAGACGCCUCAAACGCAAGCAGAGGUCCAAAGGCAAGACGGACCCGGUGGAAGUCAUCACACUGACGUGACAAAUGCUCCACCACCUUGAAAUACUGAGGCAUUGCAAAAAAUGCUGUUGCCAUAUUCUGAACUGGUUUUCUAAAUCUGUGUUAUUAUGAGACUGUCAUCACUGUGAAUGAGACGCAAGCAGCAGUGUGAUCUAACACCCACCUCAUUCAGUGCCUGUUCUCAGUCGUGUGAUAGCUGAGCCAAUUUUAGAAGUGCACAGAACACAAAGUAUCUGUGAUAAGGAUAUCUUGCUGCUUGACAUGAUUUUUUUUUUUAAAUUUCUAAUCCCAAAAAUUGAACACAUUUUAGAGAGGAAAAAUUGGCUGGUGUUUAUUCUUGAGCCAUCAUUUGAGAGAGAGAGAGAGAGAGAGAGAAGAAGAAAAUAGAGGCUUGUUGCCGACUUUGGUUUGUGUCAGCGAACAUUGAUCUUGAACUGCUGUAGUCUCUGUUGGAGGUGAAGGGCCCCUCUGGGAAUCCCUCGCCACAUAAGCCCUCAGAUGGGACGAAGAAUCCAGUGCUUUGAGCACAGCAGGUGAAGUCCGCAGCUGGAACACGCCUGCAGUGUUUAGUUUUUUUCGUUCCUCCUCCUCCUCCUCCUCCUCCUCCUCUCUGUCCUCGACACCUCUUCUCUCCCAUCUCCAAAGUCCAGCCUUGUGGCAGAGCCCUCACACACACCCAGGUGAAAAUGUGUCUCUCUGGCAGCUGCAGGCUUUGUCAUACUAAAGUUUUAAUCUCAGUGUCUCCGGCACCACUCAAAGAAUUUAACACAAACUGAUGUGACUGGACCAGCAUGGUGAAGGAGACGUGGACGUAGUUAGUGUAUUGUACAUAUGAAUUGCUGCUGCCUUCUUAUGAACUGUUGGUUCUGUGUCUGUGUUAAUGACUCCAAUGUUUACAUGAACCACUAAGUAUCAGGGACUUGAACAAGAUUACUUGAAUAUGAUGCCAUUGAAACAUGCCAUAGCUUUUAUUUAUGACGACUCAUUUAUUUCUUUCUAUUUCAUUUUUUGUUUGAUAUAGCGUAGCUUUUUAUUCCAACUUAGUAACACACCAUUGAUUAAUUAUAGUUUUCUUUGUACUUGUCCAUAGAAACUGUUUAUUCAGGCUCAGGUUUCAAGGCUGAAACUAGCAGCCUUCCCAUUAUUCUGUGCUAUUUAUGCUUUAAAGUGGAUGCUAUUGCAGCAUCCGUGGGGGCUGGAAUAUUCCCCUUCUUCAUCACUGGACUAUACUCUGCUGACAAGUCAGUAACUGAAUCUGUUUGCAUCGUAGUGGAGCAACCUCGUGGUCACUGGUUUCACACAACAUCUGUGGGCAGUCGGCGGUAAUUGCUUCCCAGAUUUCUAAAGCUGCAAUCCCCAAUCUUCCACUUCCUGUUAACGUAUAAACACAUCCAGAUUCCCAGUGUCGGUCACAAGGGUUGCCCACUGGUUACCAGGGUGAUACCUUAAAUGACAUCUGGGAUGUUGUUGACUAAAUUGUGACUGAAUUAGGGAUGAUACAAAUUGAUUAUUUUCUUUAUUAAUGGUUUUGUCAAAAAAAAAUGACAUGCCUUAAAAAAAUCCCAAAUCCCCAAAUAUUCAGUUCAUUAUCAAUUAUAAUGAAGAAAAGCAUCAAAUUCUCACAUUUGAGAAGCUGGAUCCAGAGAAUUUGGGGCAUUUUUGCUUGAAAAAUGACUAAAACGAUUGCUUUUCUGUUACUCGACUGAGUUAAUCUACUAAACCCUCGCAGCUCUACUGUGGAUCUAAACUUCUGGGACGACGUCGACUGAAUCAAAACUGUUUUGCUGUCGACACUGGACAUCUCACCAUGUCAUGCCUUGUCCUCAGUAGUUUGUGAACCUUAAAUUCAUAGUGAGACUUGUGCAUUUCUCAGCUAACACUACAUGAAGCCUUCUGAAACUGCAGACUAUAAUAAUCAUAAACCAUCAAACCUUUUACAGCUAGACAUCUGUUUGUUCCCCCACCACUGAAAGGACAUUAAUGUGCUUUCUUUCCAGUGAUAUGAACUAUGAUACUAUGCCUUUGUUUUAACCCUUUCAUGUACAGUUUUGUUAUAUUUUUUACAUUCCUUUUUAAGUGUAUUUUAGUUAAACCUUUUUUGUGAUGAAUGCCGUUGGUGUGAACUAGAUUUUUCUGUUUUUAGAGUUCAACUUGCUCUUUUUCCUCAUAAUUCAUGAGCAACUUCUCACUGAGGUGUCACAGGUGCAAUACGUUGUUUUAUUCUGUUUAAACUGACCACAGCCAUCACUGUCUCGUGUACACCACUGGUUCAUCCUUUGUAACUUAUUUUUGAUAAUUGUGUGAUGUGACUUGCUGUAGCUUGGUCUCCUCUAGAGGGCAGUGGGCUCUGAACACAAUGAAUAUGUUGCAUAUUGCAGCCUCCUCCUUUUGAGUGAUAGAUAUUACUGAAUGCUUUUGUCUUUUAGCUAGAAAAAGAUGCAUUUUUUUCCCCUCCGGUGAAAGGUGCUGAUGUCACUCACACCAAACAACACUUUGUCUAAUGUGAUAGUAAUGAAACCACAAAACUUCCAAUUUAUAUUUUUGUAUUAUUUUGUACCGAUUUGUAGUCUCGGUUUACGUGACACCGAAUGAUAGAAGGAAUCCCUUUAUCAUGACGUGCCACGGGAAAAAAUAAACACACAAGUGAACUGA